UCUCCCCAGACCUGCCCGCUCCUGCUGCGGGUCUUCACCACCAACAACGGCCGCCACCACCGAAUGGACGAGUUCUCCCGCGGGAACGUGCCUUCGAGCGAGCUGCAGAUCUACACUUGGAUGGACGCAACCUUGAAAGAACUGACUAGUUUAGUAAAGGAAGUCUACCCAGAAGCCAGAAAGAAGGGCACGCACUUCAAUUUUGCAAUUGUUUUUAUGGAUCUUAAAAGACCUGGAUAUCGAGUUAAGGAGAUUGGCAGCACCAUGUCUGGCAGGAAGGGCACUGAUGACUCCAUGACUCUGCAGUCACAGAAGUUCCAAAUAGGGGAUUAUCUGGACAUAGCCAUCACGCCUCCAAAUCGGGCACCGCCUUCGUCAGGGAGGAUGAGACCAUACUGAAUCCUAUUGACUUUCUUGAAGUUAUUUUUCAGCCAGUUUGUAAAAUAAACUUACUUGAUCCUUUCUUCCCCCGGACUUUGCCAUUAAGCCUUUAAAUUUUCAACAAAUUGUAACACAUUUAUUUAGGAAUUAGAGUUGAUGUACUUUGGUAUAUUAAAGAGAGUCCAUAUGUUUUAAGCCCUUCUGUAAAAUAUGAAGAAAAGUGCUCUUAGCAUUCUGUAUAAAGCUGUAUUGUGAAAUACAUGUGUUCAAUCAG